CCUCCAUCGUCCAUUAUACCCUCCAUCCCAUUACUCAUCAGCUUUCUCGCCUCCUCACAUAGUGUGCUAAUAGCUACGUCUCUCUCGGCUUCAAAUUGUCACCGCAAACCUCUCACCUGCCCCGCCUCUUCUCCCACAGCACCGUCUUCAGUCAUGGCGCCCUCUCCGACAACUGCUGGGCGGAUAGAGGAAGCCCGGACGCUCGCAAAGAACGACCCUUCGAAAGCUGAGAGCAUCCUCAAGGAGACUCUCUCUCAAGGCAUCGGCUCGACUGAGGCCUCGUCCCGUGAUUACGAAAAUGCUCUGGUCUCGCUGGGAGAGCUCUACCGUGAUCAGAAGAAGCCGCAGGAAAUCGCCGAGUUGAUCAAGACAAGCCGCGAUUCCUUCUCUUCAUUUGCCAAAGCAAAGACAGCUAAGCUAGUCCGCCAGCUGCUGGACUUGUUCAGCGAGAUCCCGAACACCCUUGAUAUUCAAGUCUCCGUGAUUAAGUCAUGUAUCGAAUGGGCCGUCGCAGAGCGGAGAUCUUUCCUUCGUCAGAACCUCGAAACUCGGCUUGUGGCCAUUUACAUGCAGAAACAAACCUAUUAUGAUGCCCUCACCCUCAUCAACUCUCUUCUUCGCGAGCUGAAGCGCCUGGACGACAAGCUCAUGCUGGUCGAAGUACAGCUGUUGGAGUCGCGCGUCUAUCAUGCAUUGGGCAACCAGGCCAAGGCACGUGCAGCCUUGACGGCUGCCCGUACAUCGGCCGCCUCUGUCUAUACCCCUCCCAACCUGCAAGCCGGCCUGGACAUGCAGAGUGGUAUGCUCCACGCAGAAGACAAGGACUUCAACACAUCAUUUUCGUACUUCAUCGAGGCGCUAGAGGGAUACAGCUCUCUCGAUGAAGGCGAGAAGGCAACCGCCGCUCUUCAGUACAUGCUCUUGUGCAAGAUCAUGUUGAACUUGGUGGAUGAUGUGACGAACUUGCUGGGAUCUAAGCAGGCUCAGAAGUAUGCUAGCCCACGAUUGGAGGCAAUGAAGGCUGUGGCACGUGCUCAUGCGGAUCGAUCCCUUGAGGAGUACGAAAAGGCUUUGUCGGACUACAGGUUCGAGCUGGGUAGCGAUGCGUUCAUCCGCAAUCACCUUCGCAGAUUGUACGAUGCCAUGUUGGAACAGAAUCUUAUCAAGGUCAUCGAACCUUUCAGCCGAGUCGAGCUCGACCACAUCGCUAAGAUGGUGGGACUGGAUACGCAGCAGGUGGAAAGGAAGCUUUCACAGAUGAUUUUGGACAAGGUCAUCAUUGGAGUGUUAGACCAAGGAGCAGGAUGCCUGAUUGUUUUUGACGAGACGGAGCGUGACCAGGCUUAUGACGCCGCCCUAGAUACUAUUGCGAAGCUGAGCAAUGUGGUGGAGGAGCUGUACACUAAUCAAGCCUCGCUGCUGGAUUCCUCUCCGCCCAGAACAUCCAGGCUUCCGCGUCCAACAUCUUUCCCUUCUGAACCUCCCUUGAAUCCUUCCUUGCAGUUUUUGUUAUUGCAUUGGGCACCAGCCAUGAACGCUCCGAUCCCUCCCAACUACGGCCGUGGGUUCCCACCCCAGGCCGCCCAACGUUCCCCUGCCACGCCUCGUCGCGGACCUCAAGCACCAGCACCAAUGCCUGCUCCGAUGUCUCAACACGGCGUCCCUCCUCAACUCCUUCCCAUACAACAGCGCAGUAUGAUGGCCGCCAACGCGGCGAACGAGGCCGCGCUCCGUCGCAGUCGCAAGCCUACAGACAAGAACAUCCCCGACGGAAUUGAAGAAGUGGUCAUCGGCGAAGGUGUCCAGCAGUAUAAGAGCCUCCGCGACGUCGAAAAACGCCUGGACGCGGCUAUCGUGCGCAAGAGACUAGACAUCCAAGAUUCAAUCAGCAAGACCGUCAAGAAAUACCGCACCAUGCGCAUCUGGAUCUCCAACACGGUGGACAACCAACCGUGGCAGAAUGCCUCCGGUCAGAACGGCGCCAGUAACCCCGGGUCUGGACGGUAUAAGGUACGCAUCGAGGGGCGCCUGCUGGAUGACGAUAGCGACCCGACGGCCCCGGAGGACAGCGACGAGGAGGAUUCUACUGCUGCGGAUGAUCAGGCCGGCAAGAACGGCGACGCAAUGGAGCAGGAUGGACCCGGUGCGACCAAGACCAAGACCAAAGCCGCGACGUCGUCCAAGCGGUUGCAGCAACGCUUCUCGCACUUCUUCAAAUCCGUUACGAUCGAUUUUGACAAACCUGCCACCACGAACCCGGAGGAUGUCAAGCCUAUCACAUGGAACAAGCCGCAAUUACCCCCCAACGCCGUUACGCUUCCCCCCACUGCGGACUUUGAUUCCAUCCAGUUUUCCCGCGCGUCGCAGGAGAACCUUAACGUGACGGUUAGUCUCGUACGCGACGAGACGCCGGAGCGGUACAAACUGAGCAAGGAGUUGGCGGAGGUUUUGGAUGUGGAAGAAGAAACCCGCAGUGGGAUUGUUCUCGGAAUCUGGGAUUACAUCCGCGCCAUGGGGCUACAGGAGGAUGAGGAAAAGCGACUCGUUCGCUGUGACCACCGUCUACGAUCGAUCUUCAAUCGCGACCAAAUGUUCUUCCCCCAGAUUCCUGAAAGCAUCGGCCCGCAUACCAGCCCCAUCGACCCCAUUAAGCUUCCCUACACCAUCCGCGUCGACUCCGACUUCCACAACGACCCCACCCCAACCGUCUACGAUAUCCAAGUCGCCUUGGAAGAUCCCUUGCGCUCCAAAAUGCUCGCCCUUACCCAGAACCCGCAGUACACCGCCGCCAUGCGCCAGAUCUCCACGCUAGACGACCAGGUCGCGCUCAUCGUGCAAGCCCUGACGCACUCGCGCGCCCGCCACUCCUUCUUCACGGCCCUGAGCAAGGACCCCGCCACCUUUCUCCGCCGCUGGGUCAACAGCCAGCGGAGGGAUCUCGAGACCAUCCUCGGCGAGGCCACGAGAGGCGGCGGCGAGGACGCCAGUGGGCCCGAGUUCCGGAGAGGCGGCACCGACGGCGCAUGGGAUACCCCCGUCGCGAGAGAAGCGGUGCGGUAUAUGCUUGCAAAGCCCGAGGCGGCAAUGGGGAGGGCUC